GACACACAAGUCACACACACGCUGUGUUUCUUGUUAGACUUUGAACACACCCACACGCUGACACAUAUCAAAUAAACCUACUGCGAUAGACACGCUUGCUUUCGGUUUUAGCGACUUCACUGUACACAGACCACGGCAAAGGAUGGAGUUCGCCUGUAGCCAUGUUGUAUGUAAUUGGAGGUCUGGAGGACCAGCAUCCACAGGUGUUUCCCUCAUUGAGAAUGAGUAUGACAACGUAGUGGCUGAUAAACAGCCAGAAGGUCCCGAUCCACCACCGCUGCCUCCUCGCCGUUUCAAAAAAAGUCAGCCUACUUCCCUCCCUCUACCCCCUCUUCACUCCUUUCAGCCUCCAUUCAGUCCUCUCUCGUUGCCCCCUCCUGUCCCACCCAGAGCAGGUGGCAGGCAGAAAGGAGAAAGCAGGCUGGAAGCCAACGUCAACGUCAUCUCGCUCAGCGUUGGAAAACUGGUCAGCAUCAGACAAGGCACAGGCAUGGAGACUUUUCAGAGCCCAGUGAUUUGUGGGAAAUGUAGUGCCGCCUUGUCGUGUCUGAGUUCUAUACAGAGGAACGUGUGGGUGUGUGAGUUUUGUGGAUGUGAAAACCGUGUCGACGACAGUCUGAAGGGAGUGUGUAUUGGUCAGCGCGCAGGUGUGCGCAGUGACGACGUUUACCUGCCGAGCCAGAGCGACGACGACUACCAGAACCUGGAGGACACGCUGGUGGUGUUCUGUGUGGACAUUUCUGGCAGCAUGAGCGUCACAACAGAGGUUACAUCAAGCAGUGGAUCUCCAGCAUACAUAUCCAGGCUACAGGGUAUCCAGGACGCCCUCCGGAGGGCGCUAUCAUCCAUGCUGCAGCAGUCCCCCCACAGGAGAGUGGCACUGGUGACAUUCGGUGAUGAGGUUGUAAUAUAUGGUGAUGGUACUAGUACCCCCCUCACUCUCAGGGAUUGGGCAUUGGUUGACUAUGACCAUAUAUGGAAACAGGGGGCAUCUUACAGGAUCCCACACUGUAUUGCUGAGACGUUCCAGCAACUACUAAAAAGAGUGAAAGACCUCAGGGAACACGGGGCAACGUGUCUCGGCCCUGCAGUGUUAGCCUCGGUUGCCAUGGCCUCAAGGUACCCUGGGUCAAAGGUGAUUUUGUGUACCGAUGGCAGAGCCAACAUUGGACUGGGUGAGAUGGAGCAAACACCCUCUCUGUCCUCUUCUACCCAUGAGCCGUACUUCUACAGACAGCUGGCUCUUCAGGCUGUGGGGAGUGGAGUCAUAAUAUCAGUAAUGAGCUUUGAAGGGACAGACUGUCGCUUGGCUGAUGUUGGGAGACUGGCAGACACCACUGGGGGAAGGGUGAACAUCGUGAGCAUUGGCACCGUUGCAACAGAGAUCCAGUUGGCCUCCAUGGACAACGUCCUAGCAACAGGAGUCACGGCAACAUUGCUUGCCUCCAAAGGAACGUAUUUCCCCUAUGAGGAUGAAAACAAUCACAAACUGGUGAGAGAGAUAGGGAAUGUCACCAAGGAGCUAGAGAUCACCUUCCAGUUUGAUGUCAAACCAGAGUUUAUGGAGGUUUUCCUCCAGAAGGACACACUCCCAUUUCAACUCCAGCUGAGCUUCAAGACCAGAGACCAACAAAGCGUCACUCGCAUCCUCACCGAACGGCGACCAGUGACCUCUUGCAGUCGGAUUUGGGCGGGUAGUUUCAACAUGGCGGUGCUUGGCGUCCACUGUGCCCAGCUCUGUGCCAGUUUAACCAUGGAGGGUCGAGUGCAGGAAGCGCAGAGGGAGCUAAAAGCACAGCAAGACCUGCUUCAACAAAUCAGUAAGCACAGGCCAACCCAGAAGAUAGAGAGUAUCUACGGCAACUGGAUGGACACCAUGACAACAAUCUGUGAUGACAUCACCACAGAGUCUCAGACUCUCUCUGAUGAUGCAGCUAAUGUGGUUUACCAGAUGAAGAGAGCCAGCAGUGUGGGCAACUCCAGCAGCAGCACAACUGAGAUCCAGAAGAGGCCUGUGAGGAAGAAAAAGGUCCUGUGGAAGGACUGUGAGGAAGUCAGUCACCCGGAACUGUACUGAAAAUGAUUUUCGUGAAAAGCACGGAGCACUUUGACCUCCGACCAUGUAAAGUAAAAAGAGUGAUGAACGCAGUGCAAGGGUGAAGAAGAUCAUUUGUCAAUGAUAACUAUAACUUACAGGUUACCGUGUGACUAUAAACCUCGAGGGUCUGACUCAUUUUGCUCAAUGUGAAGUUGGAAAGUCUGUCAAAUUAGGCCUUUUCCCACAGAUGGAAGUCUACAGGUGAAGGGUGCCCGAAGACUGAGAGCAGCGAGAUCGGGGCCGGAUUUUAUUGGCGUCAAAACACCUCCGAAUAAAUGAUAUGUCAGACCGGCGCUGGACAGGACAUAAAUUUCCCUUGUGUGUCAAACUCUAUGACCAGAUGGUAGCAGAGAAAUUCAGCCAAACAAAUCUGUAUUAUAUUUAUUUGGAUUUCUGUUUUAUAGGAAAUGAAAUGAAUGAAAAGGAACAGUUCUAUUUGUUGCGUCUCAAAUUAAACAAUUUCUUUAUCAUUUUUAAGUUCUUCCUACAAUUUUAGUGUAGUAAUAAUAUGGUGUAUGAACCAAUUAUUGCUCAUUUUGUAUUUGAACACUGGGGGAUAUAUAGUACACUCCAUUUGAAAUUAUUCUUCUUCUGUAUUGGAAAGUAAGUUUGUGAAAACAAUCAAAUUCCUGAAGAUCUGAGAGUUCUGUUCAAACCCAAACAUGCAACAUAGAGCAUCUAAUGCUGUAGCUGCUUUUCAAAUGGUGACACAUUUUCAUUUCAAUCAUUUCCAGUUUGCUCCGAUUAAGCAGUCACUGUUAAGACUAUCCAAAUGUCCUGUGACACUUUGUUGUAAACAGGAAGGUCCAUGCAAAGUUUGGAUGUUGUAACAUGAAUGGCAAAUGGUAGGACAGUGAAACACCUGUAUCUUGACAUGCAAGAGUAC